AUGUGCAAUCUCUUAGAUCCUGGAGUUUUACAGAGAGAGAUCGACGAAGAGACAAUUAGUCGUAACCUGCCACCUGAGCUGGAGUACGCUUGCCGCUACUGGGUCGAUCAUCUCGAGUGUAGCGAGCGCAGUAUCGAGGACGGAGACGCUACGCACUGCUUCCUUGAGAAACACCUUCUUCACUGGCUGGAGGCUAUGAGCCUGCUCAACGAAACGAGUCUAUGCGUGCGACUACUAGCGAGGCUUCAGGCGCUAGCGAUGCCGUCUGAUAGUGUCGUUGCUAAGUUCCUUCACGAUGCCGUCCGAUUUGUGCUGCGAUUCGUACUAAUACUAGCUGAGGCCCCCCUCCAGAUAUAUUCUUUAGCUCUUCUUUUCUCGCCCGAGUCAAGUAGUGUGCGAAAGGUGUUUAUUGAACAGGUACUAUAG